AUGGUGAGGUAUCUGAACAUUUGCGACAAGCACACUGAGAUAAUGGUGUACAACCGUUUUGAUGCAAUUCAGAGCCGUGGUGUUACUAAUGUGACCCCAGACCAAGUGUCAGAAUUACCUAAAACAUACUUGGAGAGGACAUGGAACUUAGCAGGGCAUUCUAUAAGAGUCAACAUGUUUCACUCAUUCCCCAACGCUCAGUUAAAGUGCGAAAGGCCCAACAAGUGCACAUACGAAGGGCGAGACUGGGAAGUGAUAAAGAACCUGGCCACAUUCAUGAACUUCACAGCUGUCAUCCUCCAGUCAUCGGACGGGAAAGGAUUUGGCUACAAAGCCGAAUCAGGUUUCACGGGAUCCAUGGGUGACUUGAUAUACAGAAAGGCAGACAUCUCGGGCAAUGAAAGAUAUAUAAAGUAUUAUGGCACGAACAGGAUAGAGUUCACCAUGCCUGCUUUUUACACAAUGCAGCUCGUGGUAGUGGUUCCCAAAGCAAACCGAAUUUCCUCGUGGAGAGUCAUCUUCAAGUGCUUCACAUUCCAGUUCUGGAUGUGCUUGCUUACCGUGUUCGUGGUCACCGCGAUGCUAUGGUACGUUCUGAGGAAACUACAUAGGAAAGUGUCUUGCCUCACGAACACUGUUGACAUGAUGGCCGUGUUCCUCACGAUGUCCCUCAGUUUCCUUACGAAGAUCUCUUCUUUGUCUCAGAGAGUGCUUCUGUCAUCCUGUCUCUUCUUCAGCCUGGUCAUCAUGUGUGGCUUCCAGAGUUCUCUAUUGGACGCGGUCGCUUACCCACAUUUCCAGCCGGAUAGUGAUACUCUCCAGAAACUCGACGAGUCGGGACUUCCCAUUGUCACACUUGACCCCAAUCUGAUGGACACAUUCGACGCGUCUCCAUCCAUGAGGAAUCUCGCCGUCAGGCUUGAGAUCCAGAACAUGUCUUCACAGACUCUGCUACACCACAUUGCAUUCUAUAGGAACGUAUCUAUGCUGACUAGUAAGGGAGAGGCUCUGUGGUUUCUUAGCAAGUACCCAGACAAGUUGUACAUUGUCAACGAGUAUCCCAGGGAGUAUUUUGUGUCAUACAUGAUUCCAAAAGGCUCUCCAUAUGCCACAAGGAUCCACAAUCUGCUCGGAAAAAUGAGUGAAGCGGGUCUGGUGAAGAAGUGGGAUCAGAACAUGAGCUACAAUCUGCAACUGGAAGCUUUACGGGAGAGCGCAGCUAACCUUCAGGACACUAGGGACAUAAAGGUUUUCACGCUUGUGGAUUUUACCCUUUCUUUCUUCGUCUGGGGACUCGGCGUUGCUCUCGGUGUCAUCGUGUUCCUGUUGGAGAUUUCCUUUGGGCGUACUAUACGUAAAUAG